AUGCUAAAAUUUGAAGCAUUUAAGAAACAACAACGCUUAAUAGAGAGAUCACCUUAAUUUAUUGUGCAAUAGUUAUUGUAGAGAAAGAUUGUGUUUAUUAGAGAAAACUUUAGUUCUAAAGAGAACUUUAUGAUAUAAGUAAAUAUUGGUGGUUAACAACUUUAGAAAGAAGAAUCAUAGGAGAUAAUUUAUUUAAAGCCAGAUUGUAGUGAUCAGGUGAUGAAUGAAUUAACUAGGAUUGCAAUGUCAGAUAUUCCAGAGAACGAAUAAUUAGAGUACCAUGUUAGAGGAUAAUAAUUAUUAGAUUACUUUACUUAGAAUUAGUAUCUUUGCAACCAUUAUUUAUUAGGGUUUAAAUCUAGUAUACUACAGUUUUAUUUUAGAAGAUCAAUUAUGCUUUAGCUUUAAGAAAAUAUGGAUUAACAGAGGAAGUGAUCAAUCUAUUACUAGAUAGUGAUCAAAUUCUUAAAAUUAAAGGUAAACAAUUGAAAAAACAACCACUUGACAUUUAAUUCUUAGCUAGGAUUGUAUAAAACAAACUUAUGAGAUUGCGUAUCAUCUUUUAAUGUACUUUAUUAUUUUCUGAAAGUAGAAGGUAUAAUAUUCAAUAUACACUCUAGAAAUAAAUAGGCAUUAGAAUUAGCUAAAAGUGCAUUAAAAUAACUUAAAGUACUCUUUGAAACUACCAUCAAAUUAUGUUAAUAGAUGAAUCUAACUAAUUUAAUUAAUAAAAAAUAAAGAGCUAAUUCAGAAAUGACACUAGUAUCCAUGAUAUCUCAACAACCUCAUAAAUUAUCUUAUAGCUAAAUUGUUGAAACAGUAUUCAAAGAAAUUUUAGCACUCAUCAAAUGUUCUAUGCCAUAAUCUUAAUUUGAAGAAAAAAAUAUAUAAAUCAUUAGAAGUCAUUAAAGUCGUAGUUAAUCCUUAGAUAAAUAUAGUGAAUCUAUUUCACUUAUAAAUACUGCUAAUCAAAAUCAUAAAUUGUAUCCCAAUCUUAAUGAUAAUCAUCCAAUGCUCUAAAUGUAAAUUCUAGGUCUAAUGCAAAUGACUUAAGUAGAUAUUGAAGAAUUGUAUCCUAUCAGUAAUCCUGAAAUGGUUAUCACUGAAGAAGUUAUACUUGAAUUAAUCAUGCUUGCUGGAUUAAGUUUUUAUAGUAUUUCUACUGAAUUAAGAUUUAUUAAUUCCAAUUUUGAUAAUAGAUCCAAUCUUGAAAUUUGGCUUUGCAAAAGUCUAGAAAUCUAUUAUACCUAUGUUCCACAUAUGUCUUAAAUUUUUAAUCAAAUUUAUCAAGUUUACAAAAAACUUUAUGGAGUAGAUAAACAAAUGAUACCUGAAGAUUAAGAAAUUACACAUUUAACUAAAUUAUUGCGUCCACAUUAAUUCAAUAACAAAGCUACUUUGGCUAAUAAAGUUGUCAUUGUUAUUAAAGUACCUGAAGGCCCUACAUCUGUAAUUAAACAUGCUAAUACUUAAUAAAAAACAAUACCUUCUAAUAAAGCAAGCAAAAAGUAAAUAUUACAUAAUUAAUAAAUAUAGACAUCUAUUAACAUAAGUUGAAGACUAGGAAGAUACAGGGAGAUCUCCAACUAGGUUAUUUUUAAAGCCAACAAAAUCUUAAUAACCUUUAGAAAUUAAAUAACGUGUCGAAUUUCUAAUGAAUCACAUUUUAACUCAAUAAGCAAAGUUGAGCAAAGAGAAGAUGAAGAUUAUAAAGAGUCGUAUAAAGCCUGAUUUGAACAAUGGAAAUGUUGGUUUGACACCCUCUACAAAUACAACAAAUAAUACAACAUAGAAUACAACUUAAAAUUCAGCAAAAUCACCUCCAAAACAAUUGAGUCGUUCUCUCUCGAAUUCUCGUAAGGCUAGUCAAUGUAUAGUACCUGCUUAACUAAAUAUUUAGUAAGCCUUGCAUUAGACUAGAACAGCAUAAUUAAAAUAUAGAUAUCGGAAUUAAUUUAAUACUUUGCCUAUUGAAGAGAGUCCUACAUAAUUUAGUAGUACUAGAAAAUAAGGAACUCUGGAUUCGGCAAAAAAAUAAUAUUAAAAUAAAUAUUAAUUAGUACUUUAGUAGAAGUUAUAGAACCUCAAUUGA